UCUUCCCCAGAACUAGGAGAAAGGGGAAGUAGUCUGACAAUAAUUAGCCAGCAGAAAUACUUUUUAGGUCACGAGAAAAUAGCUAUGAAGUUAAUAAAUAGGUGUAGUGUAUAGGUUUAGUAUAAGUUACCUUUAAAAAUCCUACAUUUCCCACAGGAUAUUUUAACAAUUUUCGAGGUCGCCUUCUAAACUUGGUGAGUGUCAAAGAAAUCUAGCGUGUUAACGAGCUGACGUUAGCUUGCUUGCUAAACUAGCUCGCUAGCUAGCAAGCCAGCUGCGAGUUUGCUAAUCGCUCGUCCCUUUAAUCUGUAUAUUAACCUAUAUUACAGUGACAUCUAGCUUGCUAACGUUAGCAAACUUGACUGUUAGCUUGCAAGAUAGCUAGCUAACUAACUAGCAACUCUCUGAACAUUGUAUUUUACUAAUGUGUUACCGUGGUUAUAUCAACUUGAUUCAGAUUAAUGUACCUAGCCAUAUUAGCUAGCUAGCCAAGAUGAGAACUUGACUUGUUAACCUUAGCCAGCUAGCUGUCAGUGUCGUAUAGGUUAAGGCACAAUGUCAGCAAACUAAGCUAUCCAUCCAAAAGAAGAGUAGCUAGCUAGAUAGCUAGCUAACCAAAAUCAGCUCAAGCUAAUCCUCAACAAACCCAUUGCCACGGUCUAUUGAGUGACACACCGGAUAUUACUUUGGAAAAGCACCAAUGACCCAUAUAAUAGUUUCCCUGUGGCUAUGGGUGUGAACUAGCCCAGUAACGUUACAGAUAGACACCUAGCUACCUACCUAACCUGCAUUCUAACUCAAUACCUACCUGCAUUCGAUUUGACCCAGUUGAUUGCUAGGAUCUGAUCAUUCUGUUUUCUAUUAUCUGACCACCAGUUAUGUAACUGACAAUGUGGCCUACAGGGAUGCAUAGUUACGGGAUGAGCAAAUAUGCCAUUGUCAGUAUAGGAAUUGAUCAGUUACUUACCAUGGAGUUCUGUAAAGUGUGUAACAACAUCACUUAAAAUGUGGAUCUUUCAGUGAAGGAAAAGGCCAAGUCGCAGAACUGUUGAUGUCAUGAUGAUCUCAGUCAGACCUGUAGUUUCAUAAUAUCAAAGCAGUGUAUUGAUGUAAUAGCUCAUCAUUCGUCUGUUAUCAAUUUUAUCAGAAGGGAAAGCGGUGCCUUACUUCCACUCUACAGCCUGACUCAUCUCCUUGUCACCAUGCCGUUCCCCUUCGGGAAGUCUCAGAAGAACCCAGCGGAGAUUGUGAAGAGUCUGAAGGAGAACGUGGCUUACUUGGAAAAGCUGGAUGCGGCAGAAAGCAAAAAAUGUGAAAAGGUCAGGUGAUACCUGUGGACUGCUGUUUUGAGAGCACACUAGAAAUUGUCUGUGGGCAUUUGUUGGUUAAAGUUGGUCUUUCACAUAGAAGCAUCCAGACUGCAACAUCAUAUAGCAAUGUUGGGAGAAUCAUUGGAUGCUUCCGAAAUGGCACCCUAAUCCCUACAUAGUGUGCUACCUUUGACCAGAGACCUAUAUGGGUUCUGGUUAAAAGUAAUUCACUAUAGUAUAGGGAAUAGGGUGCCAUUUCAGACGCAGCCCUUGAUUAACUAAGCGCUGUUCCCUCAUAUCUUCUUGUCUCCAGGUUGCAGAGGAGGUGUCUAAGAACCUGUCAUCUCUGAAAGAGGUGCUCUGUGGUUCAGGGGACAAGGAGCCCCAAACGGAGGCUGUGGCCCAACUGGCCCAGGAGCUGUACAACACCAACCUCCUCAUUGCUCUCAUUUCAAACCUGCAGAGGAUUGAUUUUGAGGUGGGGAAAUGUUCUAGCUAUUAGCUUUGUACGGGGGGUGAAAUUGAUUCUUCAUACUAGAGUAGUUCAUAGUGGAUAGUUCAAAUCAAUACAGAAGAGGGAGGAGCAUAAACACGAUGUGAUCACACAUCACACACCACUGUUUGAUUGAAGUGUUUGAGAGGUCCGCACACACAAUAUUUCUGCUCCACAGUGCUUUAGUCCUACACCCAAAUGCAGAGGGACUUGGGGAGCCACGGUAUUUUGUGUGUCAUUCCUUUAUCAGUGUUUUUUUGGAUGUGCAUAUCACCCUCCUUCAUUGAUUGUAAUGUUUCUCAUUGUUGUCCUCCAGGGAAAGAAGGAUGUGGUCCAUCUGUUCAGCAACAUUGUGCGGCGCCAGAUUGGCACCCGUACGCCCACGGUUGAGUAUAUCUCCUCACACCCACAGAUCCUCUUCAUGCUGCUGAAAGGGUGAGUCUCAAAGCUGCCCAUCUGUUAGAUCAGUUAGAUAAGCAAGAAGCAAGGAUUUAUAUAUUUUAUUUAGGUAUGUCCCCAUUAAGUUAAGUUGUAGGCGCUUAACUCACCUGUUUGUUCAUUUACAGACCCCCAUACAUACAUCCACAACAUAUACUAUAUGAAUAAUUCUUCAUCACCAUCAAAACACACCCACAUAUUAAGAUUGAGUUCUAGUGGCAUGAAUCCCAACUUUGCAGGUAUGAGAGUGCGGAGGUGGCUCUGAACUGUGGGGUGAUGUUAAGGGAGAGCCUGCGUCAUGAGCCCCUGGCACGCACAAUUCUCUUCUCUGAGGACUUCUACUGCUUCUUCCGCUAUGUAGAGUUCUCCACCUUCGACAUCGCCUCAGACGCUUUCGCUUCAUUCAAGGUAAACGACUGCUUUUCUCAUGGCUUUAUGUCCUGUGUGCUAAGCCUUGUCCGAGCCAGAACGGCCCAUAGGGCAGGAGGUGCAUCUCCUGUUUCUGUAGUGUGAGGCAGCUUGAUGUACUGUGAAGUACAUCCCCUGUACAGGACGCUAGUGUGCGUAAUAUGUCAUGUUAUUUCUAUGUUAUGUAAUAUCCUGUUCUUUUCUCUCAAAUGUGUUGCUAGGAUCUUCUCACGAGACACAAGAUUAUGUGUGCAGAUUUUCUGGAGACCAAUUAUGACCGGGUGUUUACAGAAUAUGAGAAGCUACUGCAUUCUGAGAAUUAUGUCACCAAACGGCAGUCCUUAAAGGUACUUUCUGUUAUCACUGUGCCACCAAACCCAACAUUUAAAGUUUGUUUUGACCUCUCACGUGAAUCAUUGAUGAUGUUCUUCUGUAACAGAAAUACAGUUACAUUACAGCCUUAUUCUAAAAUGGAUUAAAUCGUUUCCCCCCCUCAUCAAUCUACACACAAUAAUGACAAAGCAAAAACAGGUUUUUACAUAAGUAUUCAGACCCUUUACUCAAUACUUUGUGGAAGAAUCUUUGGCAGUGAUUACAGCCUCGAUUCUUCUUGCGUAUGAAGCUACAAGCUUGGCACACCUGUAUUUGGUGAGUUUCUCCCGUUCUUCUCUGCAGAUCCUCGCAAGCUCUGUCAGGUUGGAUGGGGAGCAUCGCUGCACAGCUAUUUCUAGGUCUCUCCAGAGAUGUUAGAUCGAGUUCAAGUCUGGGCUCUGGCUGGGCCACUCAAGGACAUUCAGAGACUUGUCCCGAAGCCACUACUGCGUUGUCUUGGCUGUGUGCUUAGGGUCGUUGUCCUGUUGGAAGGUGAACCUUGGCCCCAGGCUGAGGUCCUGAGCGCUCUGGAGCAGGACCUCACUGUGCUUUGCUCCGUUCAUCUUUGCCUUGAUCCUGACUAGUCUCCCAGUCCUUGCCGCUGAAAAACAUUCCCACAGCAUGAUGCUGCCACCACCGUGCUUCACCGUAGGGAUGGUGCCAGGUUUCCUCCAGAUGUGACGCUUGGCAUUCAGGCCAAAUAGUUAAAUCUUGGUUUCAUCAGACCAGAGAAGCUUGUUUCUCAUGGUCUGAGAGUCCUUUAGGUGCCUUUUGGCAAACUCCAAGCAGACUGUUAUGUGCAUUUUACUGAGGAGUGGCUUCCGUCUGGCCUCUCUAUCAUAAAGGCAUGAUUGGUGGAGUGCUGCAGAGAUGGUUGUCCUUCUGGAAAGUUCUCCCAUCUCCACAGAGGAACUCUGGAGCUCUGUCAGACUGACCAUCAGGUUCUUGGUCACCUCCCUGACCAAGGCCCUUCUCCCUCGAUUGCUCAGUUUGGCCGGGUGGCCAGCUCCAGGAAGAGUCUUGUUCGUUCCAAACUUCUUCCAUUUAAGAAUGAUGGAGGCCACUGUGUUCUUGGGAACCUUCAAUGCUGCAAAAAUGUUUUGGUACCCUUCCCCAUAUCUGUGCCUCGACACAAUCCUGUCUGAGCUGUACGGACAAUUCCUUCAACCUCAUUGCUUGGUUUUUGCUCUGACAUGCACUGUCAACUGUGGGACAUUAUAAAGAGGUGUGUGCGUUUCCAAAUCAUGUCCAAUCAAUUGAAUUUACCACAGGUGGAUUCCAAUCAAGUUGUAGAAACAUCUCAAGGAUGAUCAAUGGAAACAGGAUGCACAUGAGCUCAAUUUCGAGUCUCAUAGCAAAGGGUUUGAAUACUAAAUAAGGUAUAUAUUUAUUAAUUUUUAUACAUUUGCAAACAUUUCUAAAAACCUGUUUUCACUUUAUCAUUAUGGGGUAUUGUGUGUAGAUUGAUGAAGGAAAACAUGUAUUUAAUAAAUUUUAGAAUGAGGCUGUAACGUAAGAAAAUGUGGGGAAAGUGAAGGGGUCUGAAUACUUUCCGAGUGCGCCGUAUCUUCCUAACUUAUCCUAAAAACAAUGAUGACCCUUUUUCUAUUACUAACCAAAGUGUUUUGCAGCUCCUGGGAGAGCUUCUUCUGGACAGACACAACUUCACUGUGAUGACCAAGUACAUCAGCCGGGCUGAGAACUUGAAGCUGAUGAUGAACAUGCUGAGAGACAACAGCCGCAACAUUCAGUUCGAGGCCUUCCACGUAUUCAAGGUGUGUAGACAUGUUUGAGGCCAUCCACGUCUUCAAGGUGUGUAGACAUGUUGUAUUCGUGGAGAGGCCCAGGCUGAGGGUGCAGAUUCUGGCCUCAUUCUCUGCCUGUCCUACUUUCCACCGUUUUGGGUUACUUGACAUAAAAUACAUAUUAUUAACAUUUACAUCCCCUAUACAAGGUGUCCAAAGCGUUCCACAGGGAUGCUGGCCCAUGUUGACUCCAAUGCUUCCCACAGUUGUGUCAAGUUGGCUGGAAGUCCUUUGGGUGGUGGACCAUUCUUGAUACACACGGGAAACUGUUGAGUGUGAAAAACCCGGCAGUGUUGCAGUUCUUGACACAAACCGGUGCGCCUGGCACCCUGUUCAAAGGCACUUAAAUAUUUAGUCUUGCCCAUUCACCCUCUGUAUGGCACACAUACACAAUCCACGUCUCAUUUGUCUCAAGGCUUAAAAAUCCUUCUUUAACCAGCCUCCUCCCAUUCAUCUACACUGAUUUGAAGUGGAUUUAUGAAGUGACAAUAGUAAGGGAUCAUAGCUUUCACCUGGAUUCACCUGGUCAGUCUAUGUUAUGGAAAGAGCAGGUGUUCCUAAUGUUUUGUACACUCAGUGUAUACUAAGGUACAUUAACCAGGUGACCAACUACAAUAGAUUGUCAUGCUGUAGCACCAUUAAAUUCAAUAGAUCUUUAUAUUGUCCCUGAAGCAUCAAAAUAAUUAUAGGUACGUAAAACCUAACCCUGAUCUGUCCUGUCUGGUCCUAGGUGUUUGUGGCCAACCCCAACAAGACCCAGCCGGUGCUGGACAUCCUGCUGAAGAACCAGACCAAGUUGGUGGACUUCUUGAGCCACUUCCAGACAGACCGCUCCGAGGACGAGCAGUUCUGCGACGAGAAGAAUUACCUGAUCAAGCAGAUCCGCGACCUGAAGAGGCCCACACCACCAGAGGAGGCAUGAGGGGACAGGCAGGGGGACACCACCAGAGGAGGCAUGAGGGGACAGGCAGGGGGACACCACCAGAGGAGGCAUGAGGGGACAGGCAGGGGGACACCACCAGAGGAGGCAGGGGGACACCACCAGAGGAGGCAUGAGGGGACAGGCAGGGGGACACCACCAGAGGAGGCAUGAGGGGACAGGCAGGGGGACACCACCAGAGGAGGCAUGAGGGGACAGGCAGGGGGACACCACCAGAGGAGGCAUGAGGGGACAGGCAGGGGAACACCACCAGAGGAGGCAUGAGGGGACAGGCAGGGGGACACCACCAAAGCACAGGUAGUGGUGAUGCUGGUGAUGUUGGUUGGGGCCUUGGAGCAUUCGGAGAAAGAAUGAUAGUGCGAGAGAGGCAUGCUUGACUAGAAUCCAUUACUCUGCCCUUCAAACAUAGGAACAAUAUACUUUACAAAGUCCCCCCUCAUUCCUUUUAAGUUUUCUAAUGCUCAUGUGGGAAUGGAGGUGAUUUUGAGGCGCACGCAACAAGAGUGACCCGAGAACUGUUAGUUAAACCAUAGAGCUAUUUCAGCCAAUAGGUAUGAAAUAAAUGCACUUAGUCAGGUGAUGGUAUAUUGAACCUUAAACACACCGUUAGCCUCUUUUAAUAAGCACAGUAGCACACCUGAGCCAUUUCCUGGGAAACCAGGAUAAGUGGUCAACAUAAAACCGAAUGCUCUCUCCCUGACACAGGCACAGACUCUCCCCAACACAGACUCCCCAAACCUUACAGGAACUUUUAAAUGGAUUUGUAAGCUUUUAAAGACAGAUGUCCUAUAUGAUCGUUUAGGAAUUAGAAUAUACAAAUAAAGAUAUUAUUUUGCUGGGGUUGUUCAGUUAACAUUUAUUUUGUAGCUGUCUUGUUUCUGACACCAUACUUAACUAAUUCCAUUAUAUCUUGGUUUAUAGCUUAUCUUGGGAUUGACUCUUGGGUCUGAGUAGGUAAUUGUAGUCUUUAGUUGAUAACACGGUAAUUAUCUUCAGUCCAGCUCCUAACGACAUACAAAGUGACAAUGGACGGCUCAAAGACGUGAGUCCGCAGCAACUGUUAUCCUAAUAGGAGCCAUCCAACAGAGAUUACAGUAAAAAACUAUGUGAAAACUUAAAUCAAUUAGAUGUUAGUAGGGCCCAGGCUAGUGGACUGUAAUAGAACCUAAAGAUGGUUUUAGUAGGGCCCAGGCUAGUGGACUAUAAUAGAACCUAAAUAUGGUUUUAGUAGGGCCCAGGCUAGGCUGCAGGGUUACCUUAGGCAGCCAUCCAUUCUUUAGUCUGAUUGAUCCCAAUGAUAGCACUCACUCUUUCCCUGGCACAGACGCUCGCUAGUUUUCAUGUGCAGUUAGGAACUGGUGUAAGUUAGGAAGGUGUUUUUUCUUUUAGAAAUGAUCACUAAAUAAUAUUAAGAUGAGAUGUACCCUCCAACCAUAUUGCUAACACAUAGUAUCUAUGGGACAAGAGUAAUACAACACAAAAGUUACGCUGUACUGUUUAAGAGGAGCCGGAUCUGCCCAGUCCUGAUACUCUAGUAGACAUUGGCCUACCGUGAGCUGCAUGCUGCCUCUCAGGCCUUCUCUCAGGCAGCCAGACGCACUGGUCAGGAAGCCACAGAAUGCACAUAAUGACCUGCAUUGUCAAAUGAGCCAAUUGGGAUUAUGUAUGUUGUAUCCAUUGCACCUAAUUGGCCACAUUCCUCGAUUCUCUACUCAUGGUUAGGACCUAUCAAUACCUCAAUCAAUAAUUACAUUGUAUGUUGUCCAGAUGAAUUACAAAAUGGGAUUAUCAUGAAAUAACAGCAUUUUGCCUUACCUGGUGUCACUUAAAUUGCAUAAUAACAGAUUACAAAAAAAGAUGGUGUCUGUUUGCACAAUUUUCUAGUAUAUACCUCAUGGGGUUUUGAGUUCACAAGGGCUGUGUUCUCUACUUUCCUUGACAAUAUAUUUUAUUUGAUAUUUUGGAAAAAGAGCAGUGGUUUCUAUUAUACAUGCUAAAUAAAUCAAUGUUUUUGUUUUAACUUCAACAGGGAGUGGGAUCUGGUUUUCUUUUAGGGGAAAACCAGACUUUUCAACUAAAUGUAUUAGUUGGGUGCCUCAAAUGUCAAUUCAUAUUGAAUAAGAGGAUUGGCCCCACAAAAGUAUGAAUGUUGCCUUACUUUCAGAAUUGUAAUUUGAUUGUGAAGACCAUGUAUGUGGAGGUAUAAACCUCUCAAUCUUCUUAAUCAAAGUUAAUAAAGGGGGCAGUGCUUGACUUGACUGAGAGAGUUGCCAGUACUGUUUACAUUUAGGUGCAGGAGCUCCACAAU